GAGUUAGAGUCAAGAAUGAAAUGUUAAUCUUCUCUGUGAAUCUAUUAGAUCCUGUUUGAGUGACAGGUUUUUGGCAGCUCAUACAUGUCUGCACGUCAGACUUCACACAUCCAGAAUAUAGUUAAAAAACAGAAUAAUUAAGGUACUUUGCCUCUACAGAGGAGGACAUUUGCAUUUGACAUGUUCUAAUUCCUUAAAAUCCUGUAUAAAGAGAACAAGCAUCAAUGUUGUUUUUGAUCUUUUUCUUUGUAGUUUGACUUGUCAAGAGUCAGGCCUUGAUUUGCUUUGAAUAUAGCCCACAACUGGGACAUAUCUGUCAAAAUGUAAGGCCUGACAAAGCACAGGCUGAAUACAUAAAACAGUGCAUGUGUGUGCAAAUGCAGCAUACAAAUGCCUAGGCCCUGCUUCUGAUGGCACUGCUCCCGCUGAUCAGCUAAGAUGUAGGAUAAGUUGGACAGGAAGCCCGUCUAUUAGCUGCAUAUCUCCACACAUGCCUCAAUGGUCCAAAGUGGCCGUGUAAGAAUGUUGUCAUCCCAAUAUAAUAAGACAGUUGUCUCCUCUUUUUAUCCAGUCUGAAGAAAAAAAUGUCUGGAGCUCUUUCAGACAAAGUGGUCAUUCUGAAAUGUUCCAGACACUAUUUACCGGGCGGAGCUUCCUCAGUGUCCACGCUGCAUAACAACAAUACUAGCAACAUAACAAAUAUGCAAUAACAGAGCAGUAAACAAACCCUCCAGACAUGUUUAAGCCAGGUAUUAAAAUAUAAAAAAUCAUAAGUUGUGUCUGAUAUUAUUUUUUGUUUUUACAAAAAAAGGUUAAAUGUCAUGGUUAAAGUGCCUUGCUCAAGAUUCAAAAAACGUUAUUGUCUUUGAGGGAAAAUUUGCCUUACAGACUGUAGUCCAACACAAAUACAUAAAAUGCAAUACAAACAAGACAGCACAAGAUCCAUAUCUCCUACACUGAUGUUGUAAAUCAUGGGAAAAAGACACAAUGACACGACAUCCGGGGUUAUAAUCUGUUUUAAAAAAACAACCGGCCCAACAGAUGGAAAAAUCUGUAUUAGUGCUACCUUGGGGAGACUAAACUCACUGAUGGAAGCAUCUGAAACUCAACAUGUAAAGAAUAACGAUGGUCCAAAGCAGUCUGUGCUUGAGGUUACCCUCACUUUAUACAAGUGCCAAAGGUCAUUUAGGGUAGCACUGGUAAUUUUAUGGCAUGGCUUGACUAAUUUUUCCAGUUUGUACCUCUUUUCAAGACUGAAACUGCCAAAGCAGCAAAUCAUAUAAAAAGAAAGGGCAGACUCAAUAAAAGAAUAAUAAAACAUUUUUAUUGAGAGCAUCCUGGUUGCAUUAGUGAAGUGAAUUACAUCCAUAAUUCACUCUCUAGCACAAAAAAUGUGAGAAACGGACACACACUCAGUGGUCACUUUAUUAGGUACAUCUGUGCAAUCCAGUGCAAUCUAAUACAACUCUUAUGCCAUAAAGUCUGCUUUUAUUAUGCACAUAAUAUUCACUUUCCUUUAGACCCUCACAGGGGAUAAGGAAAAACUUCCCCCAAAAAACCCUUUAAUGGGGAAAAAAUGGUAGAAACCUCAGGAAGAGCAACUGAGGACCACACAAGUUACUGAUGUUUUGUGCUGGACUGUUAUAUUGUGGAGUGUUUCUAACAUUCUGACCCCAUGUAUGUAAAUGAUGUAAAGGACAAAAAACAGAAACACCACUUAAGUAAUGAAAAUAAGAAUUAAUUUACAUAUUUCCUACAUUGUCUGCAAAAACACAAUAUUCUAAACUUUGAAAAGUCAGAACAUGUGUAUUAAAUUGCAAUGGCUUGUAUAGGUGUACCUUAAAGUGGCCAGCUAGUAUAUUUAGUAGGGAUGCACAAUAUUGGAUUUUUUUGCUGAUAUCUGAUAUGUAACAACUCAUUUGAUCAAUAAUCAAUACUGAUAUUGAUAUAUCCACUUUUUCGCCUAUCUAAUUUUCGUGAUCAUCAAGUCUCUUCUGUAGUAGAAUUAACAUCAUAUUAUGCAUGCAUACCCAUACUCGUAUGAUGGCCCACCAGCAGAUGGAGACAUGAAAAAGAAUGCUUUAAAAAUGCAUGUAAUAUUAAUUCAUCAUGCAAAUUAAGAAAAAGCAUGUUGGCUGAUUCUAAUAGUUCAUUUUAAAGCCAAUAUCGGUCAACACUGAUGACUUGCCGAUAUUAUCGUACAUCCCUAAUAUUUAAUAUUUUAUUUUUUGUUUGUUUGGGGUGCUCAGGGAACAUGUCCUCUUCAGAAUUUAGAACAUAUGCAUUAAAAUAAAUACAAUACAAUACAACAAAAACAUGAAACAUGACAAAAUUAAAGUCCUUUUUACCAUAAAUUGAUGCAAAAAAAAAAUAAAAAAUGCAAGAAGCCAAGUAUGUGAUGCUCAACAUUUUCUGGGGGACUUCUAGCCCUCCCAUUUUAAGUGUCUUUCCCAAUGUUGAAACGAACCCUACGCCCUUGGAUGCGAUUCAAAAAGUCUUUUAGAGAGCUCAAUAAAUGAUGUCAUCAGAGACGUCACGGCAGGAAGUGGUCCAUUGAAAGUGAACGGGAGAGGAGAGUUUGUGGGGAAAGGAUGGAUGGAUGCCAGCACACACAGCCUGUGAUACAAUGAAUACAUCUCGUCUAAAUAAAAAAAAAAGUUAAAAAAAAUACAGUCUAUAGUGUAGGCUUACUACUAAUAGUAAUAGUAAUAAUAAUAGCCUACUAAUUAUUAUUAUUGUAGGCUGAUAAUUAUAGAAAUAACACAAGUAAGUAAAAAUUGGUUGGUUUAAAAAGGAAAAAACUAAAAUGUCAGUACUUGUAGUAGGCCUAUAAUUAGAUUUGACUUUGAGUUUUAUUUUAAAGGACGUUCAGCAUACAUAGCCAGAGCUUCACAAACAAUACCUGUGUGUGUAAAUCCCAAAAAAGUCCAUUCAACAUGCACUUUAAUCUCACUAGUGUGAUAAAAACAUUAAGAGAGGUUUCCAUCCGUGGAGGGAACAAAGAGUUGAGUGUGUUGAGCUGAAGCCCGCUGUUGUUUUUAGCCACAGUCACCCCCUGCACCCCCGCCCCAUCUCUGCUGCUGCCUCCUUUUCAUUUGCUGCCUUUCUCAUCCCGCCUGUGUGUGUGCGCCGCAUCCAUACCAAGAUCCUCUGACUCCUUCUCCACAUGUCCCCGCAGCUUGCAUCGGAUUUCAUUACAUAAUUGAGCUCGUAUCACCUCAGAAACACGGGGCUCACGUCGCGUCUGACUGACAGCUGAUCGGCGCUUUUACGGGUAUUGCUGCUCCACCCCUCCACCCAUAAGAUCUCUCCAGCCUUACACACACUUCUGCCAUGCAGGAGGUGUAACCCUCCUCCCUCUUCUUCCUUGUGCACUAUCGGAGGAGACCUUAGACAGAAAAAAAAAAUCCCAACCUGUAACCAGUCAAGAUGUCAGACCAAGAUGCCUCUUCACCGGCAGACCAGGCGCUGCCGCUCACCUCGCCCCGAACCCCCCUGCAGCUCUCCUUUCCCUUCAUGAGGGAGGGCAGUCGGGUUUGGGAGAGGGAGAGGAAACCACCGCAGCCUGGAGAGCUGCCCAGCCCACUGCCCACCAAACGCACCCGCACAUACUCAGCGACAGUGCGAGCCAGAUCAGGUCCAGUGUUUAGAGGGGUGUGUAAAAACUUCUCCAGGUCUCAGGGUCAUGGAUUCAUACGUCCCUCUCAUGGAGGAGAGGACAUCUUCGUCCACAUCUCUGACAUCGAUGGAGAGUACGUGCCUAUGGAAGGGGACGAGGUCACGUACAAGGUGUGCCCCAUCCCUCCCAAGAACCAGAAGAUCCAGGCUGUCGAGGUGGUGAUCACCUACCUGAAUCCAGGCACCAAGCACGAGACCUGGUCAGGCCAGAUCAUCAGCUCCUAGACCAGCGCUCUGAGCCGCAAGGCUGCAAAAGCAAAGGGGGAUUUAGUCUUAGGUUUUAUUCUUUUUGGGGUGUUAAGUUUCGAAUCAGGUCUGGGGAAGAGGGAUCAGAGUGUGGCGUGUCGCGGAGUUCAACCUAAGGUGGCUUAGUUAUUUAGUAGCGUUGGUGGAAGUUUGAGUUUGAGGUUAGCGCUGGAAAUUAAACUUUGAAUGUAUUCGUUUGAAUGUUUUUCUUUGAUGGUCAUGAUUUGGGUUUGAAUGUUUUAAUUUGAAGGUUAGGGUUCAGGGCUUGGUGAUAGAAAUUUUAUUUUGACUUAAGGGAUAUAUUUUAGUUGGGAAACCAGUGGUUUAGAGGGGAGCGGUUUGUCUUCAGUGAGAUGACAGAGGCCGAAUCACAUUUUGAGAAAAUUUGACCCAGUUCGCUAUAUAAAUACACUCCAUUUGUGCACGACAAACAGAAGAGUUUAAAGUUAAAAUCUCAAAGAUUUUAAUUUAAAUUGUUUGUUAAGUCCAAUCACCAAAUGAGGUAACACAAUAGUGACUGAGCCUAUAGCCCACUACGAAAGCCCUUGCAUUUGCAGUAUCAUGUGUCUGUGGCGACCAGUGUUCGGCGUACUACCAUUACUACUGUAGCUACUGUCAUCACAUUACAUUUGUCUGUAAUGCAGUAAUCUAAUGCAUUACAGUUCUAAAUUCAGUAAUCACAUUACAGUUACUAAUCAAACAAUCAUGUUAUGUUUACAUCACAUAAGUUCUUCAAUUAUCUGCAUAAUGGGCUGAGAGAAAAAGGUUAACCAACGUGCUGAAAAACGAUUUUAGAGGCUCCUUCUCAUUAAGUAUAACCUGUUAUUGAGUAAUACGUCAAAUGCAGCCAACUAAUCUACCGUAAAGCCUUGGUUUGGUGAGCGAGUGUUCAAUGCAGUUCAUAUGCUGUUUAAAUGUGUUUUUUGUGUGUCUGUCAUCAUGUAUUGGUCUUAAGAAGGCCAGUCACUUAUAUUUUUUAUUUAGGCAAUUAAUAUUUGUUCAAUGCGGUUUUAGGAAACCAAACCUCUUUAUAUAUUGAUAUAGUUUCAUUUUGAGGCAGUUACAGGCAGUGCCAUCCUGAUUCUCCUGAUUCUUGUUUGGUGCUGAUAUGUGGGCACAUGUGAGGUUUAACGUUAAUUUGUUAACUUGCAAAUACACCAGUCAGCCAAAACAUUAAAACCAUUGGCGGGUGAAGUGAAUAACAUUGAUCAUCUUGUAACAGUGCAAUGUAUUGCUGGAAAACCUUGGGUCCUGGCAUACUCUUCACCUCACUUGUGUGUGAAGCUGCGUACUCAGUUUUCCAGUCUCUGCUGGAGAAACAGAGAUCUUCAAGCUUAUAAUUGAAGUUCAAAGGGACCAGCUCGAUGGAGUUGUGAAUUUCAGUUCCAUUUCUGUUCCCCUUCUUUUUACAUCUAAGCCACCAACUGAUGUAAAUGACACACCACCACUGCCAAAAGUCAUGCGACAUGUAUCCAGUUAAAAAAACAAACGUACAAUUAGUUCAGCCAUAUUGUGUCUGAGUUUACAAAGCCAGAUGGAGACGGUUGCCUCACAGCAGAACAUCACAUCAAAAGGAAAUGAAGGAAAAUUACAUUUGUAACAUUUGCUCCCUUUGUUGUUUAUGAUCAGGCUUGUUAAGGCACAGCUGCUCGGAUCUGCCUUCAUCUCGCUGCCUUCAGAAAACAUUUUAAGAUGCUUUGAGGUACCACAAAACCCUGCUAGUGCAUGGCUGCCAGACGGAAACAAUCAAUGCACUUACAGAGGAAAGCAUCUUCGACAAAGAUCCCAAUAGCUCUUAAUGUGCUUCAGCCUCAAGAGUUGCGAUAAGCUCUAUGUGUAAGGAAUUAUUCUCCUUCUUAAUAUUGUAGCACUACUGUAUUUUGUCUACUCGGCCAGUGUAGAAAUCCAGUAUUAUUGUAGCCAGCUCCUAUGACGGUCUUAAGUUUGGGUGGUAGAGACGGUAGAUGGACGUAGUGUGGGCCUGCCACUGGGAAACCAGGCCAGAGGGAUUUUGGUUGGGGAAGGAAACCGGAGAGGGAGGAAGGUCAGGGAAUGGGCAGAGGAUGGAGUGAUUGUCCGUAGAUGUACUUGAGCACUGAUACAGCUUGAUUUGAAAUGUUGCAAAGCACGCGUAAUCAGGAAGACAGUGAUUAAAGUCAGCAGUCAAAAUAAGGCGAUAAAAGGAAAAUAGCUGAAGAAGAUGAGCUGCUGAUUAUUUAGGUGGAAGGUUGAACACGGGGGAGUCCGCUAAGUUUCAUACGUCACGGCAAACGACUGUGAAAAAAAAAAACAGCAGCAAAAGCUUCCUGGUGUAAGUUUAAAAAGACUAUUUAUUUAUUGACUUAUUUAUUUUCAUUUGUAACUAUGAGACCAUCAGGUGGUAAUUAAAAGCUGCAUUUAUAAGUACUUGUGCAAAUUUAAGCCUAUUUGAAUACACUGCACACCUCACUCUAAUGAUACUACCCUGUUGAUAUCCCUUUGCUACUGUCAUGUCAUCAUUGACAGGCAGAAAAAAAAAAAAACUUUCCAAACACAAGUUUCUAAUUUCUACAUAAUCCUUGUCUAAUUUUUAAUAACUGUGUGAUGUUCAAAAUAACAAGCAGUUUUUGUUGUUUUGGAAAUCGGCAUGUUCUGUGCUGUUUGUUGUGUUUUUAUUUUUAUUUUUACGUAGAGUGUGUUGAUGCUGUUUCACCCUGCAGUAACACAGCUGGAGCCUUCAGAGAGGCGUCGUCAGGUCUCCCAUGCAUCUUUGAUGUUUCGCCAUGAGUGUGACUUUAACGUCAUAGUAACACACUGCAUCUGUUUGGUUUCUCUCCUGUGAGAGAAACACGUUUGAUUGUGUUCGCAAGCACUUUUAUUUUUGUCAAAUCACUGUGACGCUGUCUUUUGUCAUUAAGAUAAAGUUUCAAUAAAACUUACUACUGUAUUCAC